GCGUAAGGUUAAUUGACCAUGCCUGAACCUGCCAAGUCCGCUCCAGCCGCGAAGAAAGGCUCCAAGAAAGCGGUGACCAAGACCCAGAAGAAAGAUGGGAAGAAGCGCAGGAAGACAAGGAAGGAGAGUUACGCCAUUUACGUGUACAAGGUGCUGAAGCAGGUGCACCCCGAUACCGGCAUCUCCUCCAAGGCCAUGAGCAUCAUGAACUCCUUUGUCAACGAUGUGUUUGAGCGCAUCGCAGGGGAAGCCUCCCGCCUGGCUCAUUACAACAAGCGCUCCACCAUCACCUCCCGGGAGAUCCAGACCGCGGUCCGCCUGCUGCUGCCUGGGGAGCUGGCCAAGCACGCCGUGUCCGAGGGCACCAAGGCUGUCACCAAGUACACCAGCGCCAAGUAACUGCUGCCCCAUCUCUUGCCCUACUCCCGGCAACACUAAGGCUCUUCUCAGAGCCACC